AUGGCUGCAGCUUAUGCUUACCUUCGAGACGUUAAACCUUACAAGACUUCUUGGAAGGUCCAAGUCAGGGUCCUUCAUUCAUGGAAGACCUACUCAACAAGGUUUGGUGAAACUUUCGAUAUGAUGCUCUCAGAUGUCCAAGGGACGAAGAUUCACGCUUCUGUCAAGAAAGACUUGAUCAGUCGUUUUGAAAACAAGGUCGUGACCGGGCAAUGGAGAACUGUCGAGAACUUUGGUUUGAGUAUCGCCACUGGUCAAUUCAAGCCUACUGCCCAUCGUUACAAGAUGUCUUUCAUCACUCAAACCAUUGUCAGUAGGAUGGACUCUGUGUCUGAUGAUCCGUAUUUAACUCUUUCCCCAUUUGUUUCUGUCCUGUCCGACAACCUGAAUGAAAACCAUAUGAUAGAUAUUGUUGGUCAAAUUGUGAAUGUUGGAGAGAUGGAAACCAUCGAUGUCAACAACAGACCCACUAAGAAGAUCAGUUUUGAGCUUCGGGAUGAGAGUGAUGAUAGACUACCAUGCACUUUGUGGGGUACAUUCACUGCGCAAGUGCAUAGUGCUUGUGAACCUGAUGCUCAAGCACGUGUUAUUUGUCUGGUGAGAUUUGCGAAAAUCAAGACUUACAAUGUCGAGAUUUAA